GCCCCCGCCUCGCCCGCACCAUGAUCGCCGCGGCUUUCCUGGUCUUGCUGAGACCCUACAGCAUCCAAUGUGCCCUCUUUCUCUUGUUGCUUCUGCUGGGCACCAUCGCCACCAUCGUCUUCUUCUGCUGCUGGCAUCGCAAGCUCCAGAAAGGGAGGCAUCCGAUGAAAUCGGUCUUUUCGGGUCGUUCAAGGAGCCGAGAUGCUGUUAUGAGAUCACACCACUUUCGUUCUGAGGGAUUCAGAGCAAGCCCCCGGCACAUUAGAAGACGAGCUGCAGCGGCUGCGGCUGCCCGUCUGGAAGAAGCCAAGCCUCUGGUGGAAGUUCACCAUCAGAGUGAGCAAGAAAAUUCAGCAAGGAAACGAAGAAUCAAGAAGAAUAGCCGAGUCCAGCCAGAGUUUUAUCACUCUGUUCAAGGUGCCUCAACCAGAAGGCCUAGUUCCGGGAACGCGUCCUAUCGCUGCUCUAUGUCUUCCUCUGCGGAUUUUUCUGAUGAGGAUGAUUUCAGCCAGAAAUCUGGCUCGGCAUCUCCAGCUCCUGGAGACACCUUACCCUGGAAUUUGCCUAAACAUGAGAGAUCGAAAAGAAAGAUUCACGGGGGCUCGGUGCUGGACCCUGCUGAGAGGGCAGUGCUUAGGAUAGCAGAUGAACGGGACAAAGUUCAAAAGAAAACAUUUACAAAAUGGAUAAAUCAGCAUCUCAUGAAGGUUCGAAAACAUGUGAAUGAUCUUUAUGAAGACUUACGGGAUGGACACAACUUGAUCUCUCUUUUAGAGGUUCUUUCAGGAGACACCUUGCCCAGAGAGAAAGGUCGGAUGCGUUUUCACAGACUACAGAAUGUACAAAUUGCACUUGACUAUUUGAAAAGACGCCAGGUGAAAUUAGUGAAUAUUAGAAAUGAUGACAUAACAGAUGGAAAUCCCAAAUUGACUUUGGGAUUAAUAUGGACAAUAAUUUUGCACUUUCAGAUAUCUGAUAUCCAUGUUACUGGAGAAUCAGAGGACAUGUCUGCAAAAGAGAGAUUGCUGCUUUGGACACAGCAGGCAACAGAGGGUUAUGCUGGAAUACAGUGUGAAAAUUUCACUACCUGCUGGAGAGAUGGAAAACUAUUUAAUGCCAUCAUUCAUAAAUACAGGCCGGACCUGAUAGACAUGAAUACUGUUGCUGUUCAAAGCAACCUUGCAAAUUUAGAGCACGCAUUUUAUGUAGCAGAAAAAAUCGGUGUUAUAAGACUUCUGGAUCCUGAAGAUGUUGAUGUCUCCUCUCCUGAUGAAAAAUCAGUAAUAACUUAUGUGUCAUCUCUCUAUGAUGCAUUUCCCAAAGUCCCUGAAGGUGGUGAAGGGAUCGGUGCAAAUGAUGUAGAAGUCAAAUGGAUCGAAUACCAGAAUAUGGUGAACUACCUCAUCCAGUGGAUUAGACACCAUGUGACCACAAUGUCUGAGAGAACAUUUCCUAAUAAUCCUGUAGAACUAAAGGCACUUUAUAAUCAGUAUUUACAGUUUAAAGAAACAGAAAUUCCACCAAAGGAGACAGAAAAAUCAAAAAUUAAACGCCUAUAUAAAUUAUUAGAGAUUUGGAUAGAAUUUGGACGCAUCAAACUCCUUCAGGGUUAUCAUCCAAAUGAUAUAGAAAAAGAAUGGGGGAAACUCAUUAUUGCCAUGCUUGAGAGGGAAAAGGCACUUCGUCCAGAAGUAGAAAGGCUGGAAAUGUUGCAGCAGAUUGCCAGCCGAGUCCAGAGGGACAGUGUCAUCUGUGAAGACAAACUGAUACUUGCCCGAAAGGCUCUCCAGUCCGAUUCUAAAAGAUUAGAAUCAGGGGUCCAGUUUCAGAAUGAAGCAGAAAUUGCCGGGUAUAUACUUGAAUGUGAGAACCUUUUACGCCAGCAUGUAAUUGAUGUACAGAUUCUUAUCGAUGGAAAAUACUACCAGGCAGAUCAGUUGGUACAGAGAGUUGCAAAACUGCGCGAUGAAAUUAUGGCCUUAAGGAAUGAAUGUUCCUCAGUGUACAGCAAAGGACGCAUGCUGACGACAGAACAGACAAAACUCAUGAUAUCAGGAAUUACUCAAAGUUUAAACUCAGGAUUUGCACAGACCUUAAACCCAAGUCUGAACUCAGGGCUGACCCAGAGUUUAACGCCUUCUCUGACCCCUUCAAGUGUGACAUCAGGCCUGUCAUCAGGUCUGACUUCCCGCCUGACUCCAUCUCUCACACCAGCUUAUACACCUGGUUUCCCAGGACUAGUUCCAAAUUUUAGUUCAGAAGUAGAGGCAAAUUCGUUGCAAACCCUGAAGUUGAUGCAGAUCCGAAAGCCCCUUCUAAAGUCAUCUUUGCUGGAUCAGAAUUUAACAGAAGAGGAAAUCAACAUGAAAUUUGUUCAGGAUCUUUUGAAUUGGGUUGAUGAAAUGCAGGUGCAACUGGACCGCACUGAAUGGGGAUCAGAUUUACCAAGUGUUGAAAGCCAUUUAGAAAAUCAUAAAAAUGUUCACCGAGCUAUCGAAGAAUUUGAACCUAGCCUUAAAGAAGCUAAAAUCAGUGAGAUCCAAAUGACGGCACCUCUUAAAUUAACUUACACAGAAAAAUUGCACAGAUUAGAGAAUCAGUAUGCAAAACUUUUGAAUACAUCCAGAAAUCAGGAACGGCACCUUGAUACACUCCAUAAUUUUGUAACUCGUGCAACUAAUGAACUUAUUUGGUUGAAUGAAAAAGAAGAAGAGGAAGUUGCUUAUGACUGGAGUGAAAGAAAUACCAACAUACCUCGGAAAAAAGAUUACCAUGCUGAAUUAAUGAGAGAACUCGAGCAAAAGGAGGAAAAUAUUAAAUCAGUUCAGGAGAUAGCAGAGCAGCUACUUCUGGAAAAUCACCCAGCCCGAUUAACUAUUGAGGCCUACCGAGCGGCAAUGCAGACACAGUGGAGCUGGAUCUUACAGCUCUGCCAGUGUGUGGAACAGCACAUAAAGGAGAACACUGCAUAUUUUGAGUUUUUCAAUGAUGCCAAAGAAGCUACUGAUUACUUAAGGAAUCUGAAAGAUGCCAUUCAGCGGAAGUACAGCUGUGAUAGAUCAAGCAGCAUUCACAAGCUGGAAGACCUUGUGCAGGAAUCAAUGGAAGAGAAAGAAGAACUUUUGCAGUAUAAAAGCACAGUGGCAAGCCUGAUGGGGAGAGCAAAAACAAUAAUUCAGUUGAAGCCAAGGAAUCCUGACUGUGUACUCAAAACUUCUAUUCCGAUCAAAGCUAUCUGUGACUACAGACAAAUUGAGAUAACCAUUUACAAAGACGACGAAUGUGUUUUGGCAAACAAUUCUCAUCGUGCUAAAUGGAAGGUCAUUAGCCCUACUGGAAAUGAGGCAAUGGUCCCCUCUGUGUGCUUUACUGUUCCUCCACCAAACAAAGAAGCAGUUGACUUUGCAAACAGAAUUGAGCAACAGUAUCAGAAUGUCCUAACUCUUUGGCAUGAGACUCACAUAAACAUGAAGAGUGUAGUAUCCUGGCAUUAUCUCAUCAAUGAAAUUGAUAGAAUUCGAGCAAGCAAUGUGGCUUCAAUAAAGACAAUGUUACCUGGUGAACAUCAGCAAGUUCUGAGUAAUCUACAGUCUCGUUUUGAAGAUUUUCUGGAAGAUAGCCAGGAAUCCCAAAUAUUUUCAGGCUCAGAUAUAACACAACUGGAAAAGGAGGUUAAUGUGUGUAAGCAGUAUUAUCAAGAACUUCUUAAAUCUGCAGAAAGAGAGGAGCAGGAGGAAUCAGUUUAUAAUCUCUACAUCUCUGAAGUUAGAAACAUUAGACUCCGAUUAGAGAGCUGUGAAGAUCGGUUGAUUAGACAGAUCCGAACUCCACUGGAAAGAGACGAUUUGCAUGAAAGUGUGUUCAGAAUCACAGAGCAGGAGAAACUAAAGAAAGAGCUGGAGCGUCUUAAAGAUGACUUGGGAACAAUCACAAAUAAAUGCGAAGAAUUUUUUAGUCAAGCAGCAACCUCUCCAUCAGUUCCGACUUUGCGAUCUGAGCUCAGCAUGGUCAUUCAGAACAUGAACCAAGUCUAUUCUAUGUCUUCCACUUACAUAGAUAAGUUGAAAACUGUUAAUUUGGUGUUAAAAAACACUCAAGCUGCAGAAGCCCUUGUAAAAUUCUAUGAAACUAAACUGUGUGAAGAAGAAGCAGUUAUAGCAGACAAGAAUAAUAUUGAGAAUCUAAUAAGUACUUUAAAGCAAUGGAGAUCUGAAGUAGAUGAAAAGAGAGAGGUAUUCCAUGCAUUGGAGGAUGAGUUGCAGAAAGCUAAAGCCAUCAGUGAUGAAAUGUUUAAAACAUAUAAAGAACGGGAUCUUGAUUUUGACUGGCACAAAGAAAAAGCAGAUCAGUUAGUUGAAAGGUGGCAAAAUGUUCAUGUUCAGAUUGACAACAGGUUACGGGACUUAGAAGGCAUUGGCAAAUCCCUGAAGUACUAUAGAGAUACCUAUCAUGCUUUAGAUGAUUGGAUCCAACAAGUUGAAAUUACUCAGAGAAAGAUUCAAGAAAAUCAGCCCGAAAAUAGUAAAACCCUAGCCACACAGUUGAAUCAACAGAAGAUGCUGGUGUCCGAAAUAGAAAUGAAACAGGGCAAAAUGGAUGAGUGUCAAAAACACGCAGAACAGUACUCAGCUAUAGUAAAGGACUACGAAUUACAAACAAUGACCUACCGAGCCAUGGUAGAUUCACAGCAAAAAUCUCCAGUGAAACGAAGAAGAAUGCAGAGCUCUGCAGAUCUCAUUAUUCAAGAGUUCAUGGACCUACGGACUCGGUAUACUGCUCUGGUCACCCUCAUGACACAAUAUGUUAAAUUUGCUGGCGAUUCGUUGAAGAGGCUGGAAGAGGAAGAGAAGUCACUGGAAGAAGAAAAGAAAGAGCAUGUUGAAAAAGCCAAAGAAUUACAGAAAUGGGUAUCAAAUAUCAGCAAGACACUGAGAGAUGGAGAGAAGGCUGGAAAGUCUCCCUUCUCUAAGCAAAAGAUUUCCAGUGAAGAAAUACUAACCAAGAAGGAACAAUUAUCUGAGGCACUUCAAACCAUGCAGCUAUUUUUGGCUAAACAUGGAGACAAAAUGACAGAUGAAGAAAGAAAUGAAUUGGAAAGACAAGUGAAAACUCUUCAAGAAAGUUAUAAUUUAUUCUUUAGCGAUUCUCUGAAACAACUACAAGAAUCACAAACCAUAGGAGAUAUAAAGGUAGAGGAGAAGCUGGAUAAAGUGAUUGCAGGCACCAUUGACCAGACAACUGGAGAAGUUCUUUCAGUCUUUCAGGCAGUUUUAAGAGGCCUCGUUGACUAUGACACAGGAAUCAGGUUGCUUGAGACACAGCUCAUGAUUUCUGGCCUAAUUUCACCAGAAUUAAGAAAGUGCUUUGACCUCAAAGGUGCUGAAAGUCAUGGCCUCAUUGAUGAACAAGUUCUGUGCCAACUUACAGAACUAAAUCAAGCGAAGGAGAUUAUUUCUGCUGUAUCACCUAACACAAUUCCAGUGCUGGAUGCUCUGACUCAAGGCGUGAUAUCAGAAUCCAUGGCCAUCAGAGUUCUUGAGAUACUGCUUUCUACAGGCUUUCUAGUUAUUCCAGCUACAGGAGAACAGUUGACCCUACAGCAGGCUUUCCAGCAGAACUUGGUUUCCUCAGCAUUAUUUUCUAAAGUCCUGGAAAAGCAAAAUAUGUGCAAAGAUCUUAUUGAUCCAUGUACCUCUGAGAGGGUGUCUUUAAUAGAUAUCAUACAAAGAAGUAUUUUACAGGAAAACGCUGGGAUGCGGCUUCUACCUGUCAGAUCACAAGAAGGAGGCAGAAUAACAUUAAAAUGUGGAAGAAGCAUUAGCAUUCUGAGGGCGGCUCAUGAAGGUCUCAUAGACCGUGAAACCAUGUUUAGGUUAUUAGGUUCACAGCUUCUUUCCGGAGGUCUGAUCAAUUCCAACUCUGGCCAGAGAAUGACCGUUGAAGAAGCUAUGGCAGAAGGGGUGAUUGACAGAGAUACUGCUAACAGUAUUCUAACAUAUCAGGUUCAAACAGGUGGAAUCAUCCAUUCAAACCCUGCUAAACGUUUAACUGUAGAUGAAGCAGUCCAGUGUGAUUUAAUAACUUCGAGCAGUGCUCUUUUGGUACUAGAGGCUCAGCGAGGCUACGUUGGACUCAUUUGGCCUCACUCUGGUGAAAUAUUUCCCACAUCUUCUUCCUUGCAGCAAAAAUUGAUUACAAAUGAAUUAGCAUACAAAAUCUUGGAUGGUAGGCAGAAAAUAGCUGCUCUUUAUAUUCCAGAAACUUCUCAAGUCAUUGGUUUGGAUGUUGCUCAGCAACUAGGAAUUAUAGAUAAUGACACAGCAUCAAUUUUAAAAAACAUAAUACUUCCUGAUAAAAUGCCCGAUUUGGGAGAUUUAGAAGCUUGUAAAAAUGCCAGAAGAUGGCUCUCUUUUUGUAAGUUCCAACCAUCUACAGUCCAUGAUUACAGGCAAGAAGAGGAUGAUUUUGAUGGAGAAGAGCCAGUGGCAACGCAGAGCUCAGAACAAACUAAAAAAUUAUUCCUGUCUUAUUUGAUGAUAAAUAGCUAUAUGGAUGCAAACACCGGGCAGAGACUUUUGCUGUAUGAUGGAGACUUGAAUGAGGCUGUUGGUAUGCUACUCGAAGGCUGUAGUGCAGAAUUUGAUGAGGACACACCCAGAAAAGAAUGUAUUGAUGUCUUAAGACUGCCUGGUGUAUUUCUGAAUAAUACCCCAAGUAAAGAAAAAGGUGAAAGUAUAACUUCACCAAGCAGUUUUGAUAAAUGUCAUUGCAGAGAACCUAAACAUAAAGAAAUCCCUGAAAAUACCUUAGAUGAAGAGUUUAAUGAAAUGGAAAAUAAUGUUUUCAGUAGUGAAUUUUAUCAGUCAGAAAAGCUGGCAAAUACAAUAGCAACAGAUAAUAUAGUUAAGAAUUCAUCCAGUAUGAAUGUUCCCAAUUCUAUUUCAUAUUUAACACAGCCUGGACUUGCAGACAUUAGCAUGUUUAGACAAGACUCUGAAAACAUACCUAGAAAUGGUAAAAGUCAAAGUCAAGUUGAAACAAAAGAACAUGAACAUGUAGAUGAAUGUAGUCAUUCUAAAAACAUUCGAAAAUUUGCAAGUGAUUUGAUAACAGAUUCUAUUGUGAAAUCAAAAACUAGGAGAAGCUGUGAUUUUAAUGAAACAGAGAUUGAAGAUAAUAUAAACAAGGAUACAAGUAUCUUUGACUACUCCCCCAGGCUGAGUGCCUUGUUAAAUCAAGAUAAAUUAAGGAAUGAUAAGGGAAGUUUUAAAGAUGUACACACCACAGAGAGCAAUGGAAAUAAAUGUGAAGUCUCUACAUUGCCAUCCGAUGACCAAACCAUGUUAUGGGGUCAAAGAAUGGGAGAAAAAUUUCAUGACCAGUUUCUGGGAAUUGCACCCAUAAACAUCAGUUUACAGGUAGAACAGAAAUGUGGACAGAAAUCUUUAAAUAUUGGUUAUAGUGAUCUUCAGGUACAAUAUCACAAUGAUAAAUAUGUUUCAGAUACUUACGGUGAAGAUGAAAAAAUGCAUGUUGCUUCUCAGGAGAAACUUGAAGACAAGCAAAAUGAGUCCAAAGAGAACUCCUGUGCCAUAGCUUCAAGGGGUGACAAUGAUAAUGCCAACGCAUCUCAGGUGUGUGCCACAUCAUUGCUUAAAGAAACUGUCAGUGCUGGUGACUAUGAAACGUCACUACUGGAUGAUCACCAGAGUGACACAGAGACAGACACUGAUAGCGAUGAUGAUUUUUAUGAUACUCCCUUGUUUGAAGAUGAUGACCAUGAUUCUCUACUUCUUAAAGAUGAUGAUUGUGAUUGUCUGCAACCUGAGGACUAUGAUAUGCUGCAGAAGGAAAACGAUGGGGCUGCUUCUCCUGGUGAUGUUUUUUAUGAUGUUUUAAAAGAGAAGGAAAAUUCUGUGGUGAUCCAGGGGGGACUAAUUGAUAGCUUAAGUGUAAGGGGAAAAGCACAGUCUCUUCAGGAUUUUGUCAUAGGUACUGAGAAAGCUGAAUUAGAUCCCGGUGAAAGAAUACAUUCAAAUUCAGUUGGCUUAUACAAGGUCAAUGAACAGUUGCUGGAAAUAGUAUCAGAAAGGGAAAAUGCAAAUAACCUUGUGGGGGCUGAGUCUGACUUAUUGACAGAUUAUGAAAUUAUAAGAAGAAAAGAGAACUUCAGUGCUUCAUUAAAAUGUGAUGACGCUGGCUGUUGGAGAGAGAGAAAAGAGUAUGUAACUGGACAAGAAUUGAAAUCUGAUACUGAUCAUUUAGAUACUAUGCAAAAUGAACAAAGUUAUGGGGAUUAUGUAUAUGACAGUAAUCAGGAUGAUGAUGAAUAUGAUGAUGAUGAUAAAGAAGAAGGAGUAGGAGAUGAGAAUGAAAAGCCCAUGUGCCGAGAUGAGGCUGAAGGUAUGGAUAUCCAGUUGUGUGAGAAGAAGACCAGCCAUGAAUAUCAAAGUAUUGAUAAAAUGAUUCUUGUGGAUAAAAAGCACAAUUACAGUUCUUUAGAAAAACAGCAAAGUGUAGAUGUUUUACAACUAGAAUCAAGUAGUAAAAGUAGCUUAGUUACUGAAAGAAGCCAUCUUCCAGAAUAUACAACUGAUUUUGUUAGUAAAAGCAAAGAAAAUCUGUUGAAUCAUGAGAUGGCCCUUAAGGAUAUAUUGCUGCCUAUCAAUAAAGACACUGAAUCAGAACACAUCCUUGGCCCUGUAGGUAUUUUACAUAAUACCAAUAUCACUUUAACUUCUGAAUUAGGUGAUGAUCUAAUGAACAUAAAGGUUAAGUUGAUUCAAGGGCCAGAAUCUGCUGACUCUGUGAAAGAUAAUCAAUAUUUUGAGAAUGUGAUGCAACAAGUUGACUCAUCUUUUGAUAAAAUCAUUUAUUCUGAGCCAGAUUUAAUAAGAAAACCUGCCGAGGAAAGCCAUUCGUCAUCCUCUGCCUCUGUACCUGUUAAAGAUCAUCAAGGGAAUGGAAAAGAGCUACUUAAAAAGGGAGAUGACAAAAACAAUAUAUUAAUAGAAGAUGAAACAUCAAUUCAUAAAAUUUGCUCAGGUAAAGGAGAAAGGCUUACAGAACACCUAAUAGAAGAUAAUAAAAAUCUCAAACUUUUACCUAGUGAAAGUACAAGUGAGUGUCAUGAUUUAGUUAAUAGUCAGUUUCCAUUUCCACAAAUCACAGACAGUGAAGAACAUAAUCAGAAAGGAAGCCUUAAAAAAGCAACUGUAACUCUUAAAGAUGAACCAAAAAGUCUACAAACAAUAGUUAGUAAAAGUCCUGUCCAAUUUGAGAAUCUUGAAGAAAUAUUUGACUCAUCGGUUUCCAAAAUGAUCAGUGACAUUACUUCAGACAUUACAUUGUCUCAAGGGAAUACAAGUACUGAGAAAGAUUUACUAACUGACGGACCUGAGAAAGAGCUUAAUCUGUUUACUUAUUUAAAACAUUGUGCAAAACAUGUAAAAGCAGAAGACAUACUGAAACCAAAUGAAGAUAACCCAAGCUGUACUCUAAUAGCUUCCCCUCCCAUGAAAAAACACUUACAAUUAGGAGUUGAUACUGCAAAAGAGAAGGCCACCCUUACCCAAGAAGAUUUACCUCUGAAUGAGAUGAUUCCACGGAAUGAUCUCUGUACUAAAGAAGAUCUCUCAGAAGGAGGGAUGGAUAUUCCUCAGUUCACACCAGAAAGGCAUGAGAGCACACUUUCAAUUUUACCUCUUAGAAAUGUGGAAGACCUUGGGGAAAAUACUGACUUUGUAUCAUCGGGACUCUGUGCAAAAGGAAUAAGUAACACUUUAAGCACUGACUACUCAUUCUUAGAAAUUAACAAAAAGAAAGAAAUAAUUGAUCAACAGCCACAAAAAGAAGAAGCCUUCUCUCCGAGAUUCCCAGAAAAGGAGGUUCGGAUUCCUGAAUUACCUCAGGUGUUUGUUGAUGUGAAGAACAUCUUAAAGAGUAGAUUAAAAGAAGGUCAUAUGAAUCCUCAAGAGGUUGGAGAACCUUCAGCCUGUGCAGACACUAAAAUUUUAAUUCAAAGCUUAAUUAAAAGGUUUAGCGCAUCACAGUUGAUGAGCGAAGCAUCUAUUGUGCCCAGCGACAGUAAGAUCAGUGACUCCGCUGUAAUUUCUUCCACGAAUAAUUCACCAGAAUCAAGAGCAGAGAGUAGAGACGAUCCAUUGUGCGUUGCAAAUCUUAAGUCUGAGCUUUUCCUUGAUCUACUUAAGCAAAAUCAGAAUAGCCAGAACAUUACAGGAGUGUUUGAAUUGAUGAAAGAUUUAACUCAGAUGGGGUAUAAUCUAGAGAAAAGAGGUAUUACAUCUAAAGUACUUCCACUGCAACUUGAAAAUAUUUUCUGCAAGCUGCUUACUGAUGGAUAUUCAGAGAAAGCAGAACGGGUUGGAGACUUGAAUCAAAAAUCAUCUACUACUUCUGAGAUGGUGGAUGAAAAGCAACAGAUUCUUGAUGAGCUUGAAAGCAAAGAAGGAAACCAUGAUUCCCUUAAUUUACAAAAUAUGAAAGAAAUUGGACCGGAAAACUCUACCGAGUGUGCAUCAGUCUUGCCAAGAGAUGGGAAGCUGGAGGAACAAUGCAGUGAUUUCCCAAACCGUUUGGAAUGUAUUUCAGAGUCAAAAGAAAUGACUUCUGGGGAUAGCUUAAUGGAACAAUUUUCCAAUGAGUUACAUCAGUGUUUACAGCACACAUCAAAAAUGCACGAGUAUUUGGCUUUGCUUCAAGAUAUGAAGCCCCCCUUAGACAACCAAGAAACUCUGGAUAACAAUCUAGAAGCUUUGAAGAACCAACUUAAACAGUUAGAGACAUUUGAAUUGGGAUUGGCACCAAUUGCUGUUAUUCUAAGAAAAGACAUGAAGUCGACAGAAGAGUUUUUAAAGUCUCUUCCCAGUGACUUCCCCAGAGAACACUUUGAAGAACUGAGUAUAAGCCACCAAAGUUUACAGAAUGCCUUUUCUUCCCUCAGCAAUGUGUCUUCAGAAAGAAUGAAACACAUCAUGCUCGCAAUUGACUGUGAAAUGUCAAAACUAGCAGUUUCCCAUGAAGAAUUUCUGCACAAACUUAAGUCGUUCUCACAUUGGAUAUCAGAGAAGAGCAAAUCUGUGAAGGAUAUGGACAUUGUGAAUAUUCGAGAUACUGAACAUGUAAAGAAAAGUUUGCAGUUUCUCAAGAAUGUGUUAAAAGACCUUGGACAUACCAAAAUGCAGCUGGAGACUACUGCCUUUGAUGUGCAGUUCUUCAUUUCUGAAUAUGCACAAGAUCUGUCUCCCAACCAGAGCAAACAACUGCUUAGGCUCUUAAAUACAACUCAGAAGUGUUUUCUUGAUGUACAGGAAUCAGUAACUACCCAGGUGGAACAUUUAGAGACUCAGUUACAGCUAGAACAAGAUCUUGAUGAUCAGAAGGUUUGCUUUUCUUUGCAAACUGAAAAUCGCCUGAUUGGCCACCAAGAAGCCUUUGUGAUUGGAGAUGGCACAGUUGAAUUAAAGAAGUACCAAUCCAAGCAAGAGGAAUUACAGAAAGAUAUGCAAGGAAGUGCACAGGCAUUGGCAGAAAUAGUGAAGAACACAGAGAACUUCUUAAAAGAGAAUGGUGAAAAGCUGUCACAAGAAGAUAAAUCUUUGAUUGAACAGAAACUUAAUGAAGCUAAGAUAAAGUGUGAACAGCUUAAUUUAAAGGCAGAGCAGUCGAAAAAGGAGCUGGAUAAAGUUGUGACUACAGCAAUCAAGGAAGAAACUGAAAAGGUUGCAGCUGCGAAGCAGCUGGAAGAGAGCAAAACCAAAAUAGAAAACCUUUUGGACUGGUUGUCAGAUGUUGACAAAGACUCAGGAAGGGUGGGGAUAAAACAGAAACAGGUAAUUGAACAGAACGGGACUCAUUUUCAAGAAGGUGAUGGCAAGUCAGCGAUUGGAGAAGAGGAUGAAGUCAACGGUAACCUGUUGGAAACUGAUGUUGAUGGGCAGGUUGGAACCACUGAGGAAAAUUUGAACCAGCAAUACCAGAAAGUUAAGGCCCAACAUGAGAAGAUCAUCUCUCAGCACCAAGCUGUCCUCAUGGCCACUCAGUCUGCACAAGCCUUGCUUGAGAAACAGGGUCACUAUCUCUCUCCUGAGGAAAAAGAGAAACUGCAAAAGAACAUGAAGGAACUGAAAGCGCAUUAUGAAACUGCACUGGCGGAGUCAGAAAAGAAAAUGAAGUUAACGCAUUCCCUGCAGGAAGAAUUAGAAAAGUUCGAUGCUGAUUACAGUGAAUUUGAACACUGGCUGCAGCAGUCGGAACAAGAACUUGAAAACCUGGAGGCAGGUGCAGAUGAUUUCAGUGGUUUAAUGACCAAAUUGAAGAGGCAGAAGAGUUUCUCAGAAGAUGUUAUUUCUCACAAAGGUGACUUGAGAUACAUUACAAUUUCUGGAAACAGAGUGUUAGAAGCAGCCAAAUCUUGCAGCAGAAGAGAUGGCAGUGGCAAGGAUAAUAUCGACACUUCUUCAACUCACAGAGAAGUCCAGAGCAAACUGGAUCAUGCUACCAAUCGGUUCAGGUCUCUUUACUCUAAGUGCAGUGUCCUUGGGAAUAAUCUUAAAGAUCUGGUGGAUAAGUACCAGCACUAUGAAGAUGCUUCGUGUGGACUUCUUUCUGAGCUACAGGCCUGCGAGGUCACAGCGAGCAAACACUUAUCUGAACCCAUUGCUGUGGACCCUAAAAAUCUACAGAGGCAAUUAGAAGAGACUAAGGCUCUGCAAGGACAGAUAUCAAGUCAGCAGGUUGCUGUAGAAAAACUGAAAAAGACGGCUGAAGUACUUUUAGAUGCCAGGGGAUCUUUACUUCCAGCCAAGAAUGAUAUCCAGAAAACACUGAAUGAUAUUGUUGGGAGAUACGAUGAUCUAUCCAAGUCCGUUAAUGAGAGAAAUGAAAAACUCCAGAUAACCCUGACCCGCUCACUGAGUGUGCAGGAUGGCCUGGAUGAAAUGCUGGACUGGAUGGGAGGUGUGGAAAGCUCUCUGAAAGAACAAGGUCAAGUGCCCUUAAACUCUGCUGCUCUUCAGGAUAUCAUCAGUAAAAACAUUAUGUUGGAACAGGAUAUUGCAAGUCGUCAGAGCAGUAUAAAUGCCAUGAAUGAAAAAGUGAAGAAGUUUAUGGAAACAACAGACCCAUCCACCGCAUCCUCACUGCAAGCCAAAAUGAAGGACUUGUCUGUUCGGUUUUCAGAAGCAAGUCAUAAACACAAACAAAAACUUGCCAAAAUGGAGGAGCUAAAAACCAAAGUAGAACUGUUUGAGAACCUCUCAGAAAAGCUUCAGACAUUUUUAGAGACAAAAACUCAGGCUCUUACUGAGGCAGAUGUGCCAGGAAAAGAUGUUACUGAAUUGUCUCAGUAUAUGCAGGAAUCAACUUCUGAAUUAUUAGAACACAAGAAAGAUCUUGAAGUUUUGCAGAGUCUCUUGAAGGAGAUAUCCAACCAUGGCCUGCCAGGUGAUAAGGCUCUGGUUUUUGAAAAAACAAAUAAUUUGUCAAAGAAAUUCAAAGAAAUGGAGGAUACCAUCAAAGAAAAAAAAGAAGCUGUAUCUUCUUGUCAAGAACAGAUGGAUGCUUUCCAAGUGCUUGUUAAAUCAUUAAAGUCAUGGAUAAAAGAAACAAUGGAAAGAGUUCCCAUUGUGCAGCCUUCUUUUGGUGCAGAAGAUUUAGGAAAAUCUUUGGAAGAAACUAAGAAAUUACAAGAAGAGUGGAGUUUAAAAACACCAGAGAUUCAGAAAGUAAACAACAGUGGCAUCUCACUGUGUAACCUAAUAAGUGCUGUGACUACCCCUGCAAAGGCAAUAGCAGCGGUUAAAUCAGGUGGAGUAAUAUUAAAUGGUGAAGGAACAGCCACAGAUACUCAGGAAAUUUUGGCAAAUAAAGGAUUAACAUCUAUUAAAAAGGAUAUGACUGACAUAAGCCAUGGUUAUGAAGAUCUUGGCCUGUUACUUAAGGACAAAAUAGCUGAGCUAAAUACUAAACUCACCAAAUUGCAAAAGGCUCAGGAGGAAUCAAGUGCAAUGAUGCAGUGGUUACAGAAGAUGAACAAAACUGCAACAAAAUGGCAUCAAGCUCCUACACCUACAGAUACUGAAGCUGUGAAGACUCAAGUUGAGCAGAAUAAGUCAUUUGAGGCAGAACUGAAGCAAAAUGUAAACAAAGUACAGGAGUUGAAAGACAAAUUGACGGAGCUGUUGGAGGAGAACCCGGAUACUCCUGAGGCCCCCAAAUGGAAACGGAUGUUGACAGAAAUAGAUUCCAGGUGGCAAGAACUCAAUCAAUUAACAGUUGACAGACAACAAAAACUCGAAGAAUCUUCUAAUAAUCUAACUCAAUUCCAGACCGUAGAGGCUCAGUUAAAACAGUGGCUUGUGGAAAAAGAACUGAUGGUCAGUGUGCUUGGGCCCUUGUCAAUUGACCCAAAUAUGCUAAACACACAAAGGCAGCAGGUGCAGAUUCUGCUGCAAGAAUUUGACACUCGGAAACCUCAGUAUGAGCAGCUCACAGCAGCUGGUCAGGGGAUUCUGAGCCGACCUGGUGAACACCCUUCUUUCCAUGGGAUUGUGAAAGAGCAACUGGCAGCUGUGACCCAAAAAUGGGAUAGCCUAACGGGACAGUUGAGUGACAGAUGUGACUGGAUUGACCAAGCCAUUGUUAAAAGCACACAGUAUCAAAGCCUGCUGAGAAGGCUUUCUGAUAAACUGAGUGAUUUGGAUAAUAAACUCAGCAGCAGUGUGGCUGUGAGCACACAUCCCGAUGCUAUGAACCAACAAUUGGAAAUGGCCCAAAAAAUGAAGCAGGAAGUAGAGCAGGAAAUGAAGCAGAUACAAGUGGCCCAGGCCCUCUGUGAGGAUUUGUCAGCACUGGUUAAAGAGGAGUACUUGAAAGCAGAACUUAGUAGACAACUAGAAAUUAUCUUAAAAUCAUUUAAGGAUAUUGAACAAAAAGCAGAGACUCAUGUCCAGCACCUCCAGUCAGCCUGUGCCAGCUCUCACCAAUUUCAGCAAAUGUCUAGAGAUUUUCAGGCUUGGCUGGAUACAAAGAAAGAAGAGCUAAACAAGGCUCACCCUAUAUCAGCCAAACUUGAUGUCUUGGAGUCAUUAAUUAAAUAUCAGAAAGACUUUAGUCAAGCCUUGAUUGCUCAGUCUAGUGUUUAUGAAAAAACCAUCGUGGAAGGUGAAAAUCUAUUAUUAAAAACACAAGGUUCUGAGAAGGCAGCCUUACAGUUACAACUUAACACAAUUAAAACCAACUGGGAUGAACUUAAUAAGCAGGUAAAAGAGAGAGAAGACAAGGUAAAAGAUUCAUUGAAAAAAGCCCUCAAAUAUAAAGAACAUGUAGAGACGCUUCGGCCAUGGAUCGACAAAUGUCAAAAUAACCUGGAGGAAAUAAAAUUUUGCUUGGAUCCUACUGAAACAGAGAAUUCUAUUGCCAAGUUAAAGUCUCUGCAGAAGGAAAUGGACCAGCGCUUUGGGAUGGUAGAAUUGCUAAACAACGCAGCCAAUAGCUUGCUCAGUGUCUGUGAGAUAGAUAAAGAGGUUGUUACAGAUGAGAAUAAAUCACUGAACCAGAAGGUAGACAUGGUCACUGAACAACUUCACAGUAAGAAAUUCUCUCUGGAGAACAUGGCCCAGAAGUUUAAAGAAUUUCAAGAAGUGUCCAAAGAAGCUAAAAGGCAGCUUCAGUGUGCAAAGGAACAGCUAGAUGUUCAUGAUUCCCUAGGACCCCAGGCUUACAGUAAUAAAUACCUGACCAUGUUGCAGACUCAGCAGAAAUCACUUCAGACCUUGAAGCACCAGGUAGAUUUGGCCAAAGGACUUGCGCAGGACCUUGUGGUAGAAGCCUCAGACUCAAAGGGAACAUCUGAUGUUUUAUUACAAGCAGAAACCUUAGCCCAAGAGCAUAGCGCAUUAAGUCAGCAGGUCGAUGAAAAGUGUUCGUUCCUAGAAACCAAGCUUCAAGGCAUUGGGCAUUUCCAGAAUACCAUCCGAGAAAUGUUUUCUCAAUUUGCAGAGUUCGAUGAUGAACUGGAUAGCAUGGCCCCAGUGGGGAGAGAUGUAGAAACAUUGCAACAGCAAAAGAGGGCUAUUACAGCCUUUCUGCAGAAACUAGAAGCCCUCAUAGCUAGCAACGACAAUGCCAAUAAAACCUGCAAGAUGAUGCUGGCCACAGAAGAAACCUCUCCUGAUCUUGUUGGAAUCAAAAGGGACUUGGAGGCUUUAAGCAAACAGUGCAACAAGUUGCUGGACCGAGCACAAGCCAGAGAAGAGCAGGUCGAAGGGACAAUUGAGCGUCUUGGAGAAUUCUAUAGCAAACUGAAGGAAUUUUCUACUCUACUUCAGAAAGCCGAAGAACGUGAGGAGUCUCAAGGCCCUGUAGCAAUGGAAACGGAGACAAUCAACCAACAGCUUAAUGCGUUUAAGGUAUUCCAAAAAGAGGAGAUUGAACCCUUGCAGGUUAAACAGCAAGAUGUAAACUGGUUAGGUCAAGGCCUUAUACAGAGUGCUGCUAAAAGCACCAGCACCCAGGGUUUGGAGCAUGACCUGGAUGAUGUCAACACAAGGUGGAAGACUCUUAAUAAGAAGGUGGCUCAGCGAGCAGCCCAGCUGCAGGAGGCCCUGCUGCAUUGUGGGAGGUUCCAGGAUGCUUUGGAGUCCCUGCUCAGCUGGAUGGUGGACACCGAGGAGCUCGUGGCCAAUCAGAAACCACCUUCGGCUGAAUUCAAAGUGGUGAAGGCCCAGAUACAAGAGCAAAAGCUUCUCCAAAGAUUGUUAGAUGACCGCAAAUCCACUGUGGAGGUAAUCAAACGGGAAGGAGAAAAAAUUGCUGCCACAGCAGAACCCGCAGAUAAAGUGAAGAUUUUGAAACAACUAAGUCUGUUGGAUAGUAGAUGGGAGGCCUUGCUUAGUAAAGCUGAAACAAGGAAUCGUCAGUUGGAAGGUAUCUCGGUGGUAGCACAGCAAUUUCAUGAAACCUUAGAACCACUGAAUGAGUGGCUUACAACCAUAGAAAAGAGGCUGGCGAACUCUGAGCCCAUAGGAACCCAAGCGUCUAAACUUGAGGAACAGAUUGCACAGCACAAAGCCUUAGAAGAUGACAUCAUAAAUCACAAUAAACAUUUGCACCAGGCCGUUAGCAUUGGCCAGUCUUUAAAGGUUUUGAGCUCCAGGGAGGAUAAAGAUACUGUGCAGAAUAAAUUAGACUCCUCUCAAGUGUGGUACAUUGAGAUUCAAGAGAAAAGUCACAGCAGGUCUGAGCUGCUCCAGCAGGCCUUAUGUAAUGCUAAGAUUUUUGGGGAAGAUGAAGUUGAGCUGAUGAAUUGGCUGAAUGAAGUACAUGGCAAACUGAGCAAGCUCUCAGUCCAGGAUUACAGCACUGAGGGGCUAUGGGAGCAGCAAUCUGAACUUCGGGUUCUGCAAGAAGACAUACUGCUCAGAAAACAAAAUGUAGAUCAGGCAUUACUAAAUGGUUUAGAACUACUUAAACAGACAACAGGUGAUGAAGUUUUAAUAAUUCAAGAUAAGUUGGACGCCAUUAAAGCAAGGUACAAAGACAUUACUAGGCUGAGCACGGAUGUCGCCAAGACGCUGGAACAGGCGCUGCAGCUUGCGAGGCGGCUGCACUCCACACACGACGAGCUCUGCGCCUGGCUGGACAAAGUGGAGGUGGAGCUGCUUUCAUAUGAAUCUCAGGUUCUGAAGGGAGAAGCCGCAAGCCAAGCUCAAGUGCGACAAAAAGAGCUAAAGAAGGAAGCUAAGAACAGCAAAGCUUUAUUGGAUUCCCUUAAUGAAGUGAGCAGUGCUUUACUGGAACUGGUACCGUGGAGGGCGAGGGAAGGACUUGAAAAAAUGGUGGCGGAAGACAACGAGCGCUACCGAUUAGUGAGCGACACUAUCACCCAGAAGGUGGAGGAGAUCGAUGCCGCCAUUCUAAGAUCACAGCAGUUUGACCAAGCGGCUGAUGCUGAGUUGUCCUGGAUUACUGAAACAGAAAAGAAAUUGAUGUCUCUGGGUGACAUCAGGCUUGAGCAAGACCAGACCUCUGCUCAGCUGCAGGUUCAAAAGACAUUCACCAUGGAGAUUUUGAGACACAAGGAUGUUAUUGAUGAACUAGUUAAAUCUGGACAUAAAAUCAUGACCACGUGCAGUGAAGAGGAAAAGCAGUCAAUGAAGAAAAAACUGGACAAGGUAUUGAAAAACUAUGACACCAUCUGCCAGAUAAACUCCGAGAGGUAUCUACAACUAGAACGAGCUCAGUCCCUGGUUAACCAGUUCUGGGAAACCUAUGAAGAACUUUGGCCAUGGCUGACAGAAACACAAAGAAUCAUCUCUCAGCUUCCUGCCCCAGCCCUUGAGUAUGAAACUCUAAGACAGCAGCAAGAAGAACAUCGGCAACUGCGAGAGUUGAUAGCUGAACACAAGCCUCAUAUAGAUAAGAUGAACAAAACAGGGCCGCAGUUAUUGGAAUUGAGCCCGGAGGAAGGCUUUUCCAUCCAAGAGAAGUAUGUGGCAGCUGACACCCUUUACAGCCAAAUUAAAGAAGAUGUCAAAAAGCGAGCGGUGGCCCUGGAUGAAGCCAUUUCUCAGUCUACUCAGUUUCAUGACAAGAUCGACCAGAUUCUGGAGAGCCUGGAUCGUGUCGUGGAGCGCUUGAGGCAGCCGCCCUCCAUCUCUGCUGAGGUGGAGAAGAUUAAGGAGCAGAUCAGUGAAAACAAGAACGUGUCAGUAGACAUGGAGAAGCUACAGCCAUUGUAUGAAACUCUUAAACAGAGGGGAGAGGAAAUGAUUGCUCGAUCUGGGGGCACCGAUAAAGACAUAUCUGCCAAAGCUGUUCAGGAUAAGCUCGACCAAAUGGUUUUCAUUUGGGAGAACAUACACACACUGGUGGAAGAAAGGGAAGCCAAACUACUGGAUGUAAUGGAAUUAGCAGAAAAGUUCUGGUGUGAUCACAUGUCGUUGGUAGUUACCACUAAAGAUACUCAAGAUUUCAUCCGGGAUCUGGAGGAUCCUGGAAUUGAUCCCUCAGUAGUGAAACAACAGCAAGAAGCAGCAGAGUCCAUAAGGGAAGAAAUCGAUGGACUGCAGGAAGAGCUGGAUAUUGUUAUUAACCUGGGUUCUGAACUCAUUUCUGCGUGUGGGGAACCUGAUAAACCCAUUGUCAAGAAGAGUAUAGAUGAGUUAAAUUCAGCAUGGGAUUCUCUAAAUAAAGCUUGGAAAGACAGAGUGGACAGACUUGAGGAGGCGAUGCAGGCUGCUGUUCAGUACCAGGAUGGACUGCAGGCAAUAUUUGACUGGGUAGAUAUUGCAGGUGGUAAAUUAGCUUCAAUGUCUCCAAUUGGAACAGAUCUUGAAACUGUAAAGCAGCAGAUUGAAGAGCUAAAGCAAUUUAAGUCAGAGGCCUAUCAACAACAGAUAGAAAUGGAAAGACUGAACCAUCAAGCAGAGCUUUUGCUGAAGAAAGUAACAGAAGAAAGUGACAAACACACUGUGCAAGACCCAUUAAUGGAACUGAAAUUGAUAUGGGAUAGUCUGGAUGAAAGAAUUAUCAACAGACAGCAUAAGCUGGAGGGUGCUCUGUUAGCACUGGGGCAGUUCCAGCAUGCUCUGGAUGAGCUGUUGGCAUGGCUGACACACACUGAGAGCUUGCUGAGUGAACAGAAACCUAUUGGAGGAGACCCUAAGGCCAUUGAAAUUGAACUUGCCAAGCAUCACGUACUCCAAAAUGAUGUAUUAGCCCAUCAGUCCACAGUGGAAGCUGUUAAUAAAGCAGGAAAUGAUCUAAUUGAAUCAAGUGCAGGGGAAGAAGCAAGCAGCCUUCAGAACAAGUUAGAGGUUUUAAAUCAACGCUGGCAAAAUGUUUUGGAAAAAACAGAACAAAGGAAGCAGCAGCUGGAUGGUGCCUUACGCCAGGCCAAAGGGUUCCAUGGCGAAAUUGAGGAUUUGCAGCAGUGGCUGACUGACACGGAGCGCCAUCUGUUAGCAUCUAAACCUUUGGGAGGUUUACCAGAAACAGCCAGGGAGCAGCUUAAUGCCCACAUGGAAAUCUGUGCUGCCUUUGAUGUUAAAGAAAAAACAUAUAAGAGUCUGAUGCAGAAAGGCCAACAGAUGCUUGCAAGAUGCCCCAAAUCUGCAGAGACAAAUAUUGACCAAGACAUAAAUAACUUGAAAGAAAAAUGGGAAUCAGUGGAAACCAAACUCAAUGAAAGGAAAACUAAACUGGAAGAGGCCCUUAACUUAGCAAUGGAGUUCCACAAUUCUCUCCAAGACUUCAUCAACUGGCUUACCCAGGCUGAACAGACUCUAAAUGUAGCUUCUCGGCCAAGUCUUAUCUUGGACACCGUCUUGUUUCAAAUCGAUGAACACAAGGUCUUUGCCAAUGAAGUAAAUUCUCACCGUGAGCAGAUAAUAGAGCUGGAUAAAACUGGAACCCACCUGAAAUAUUUCAGUCAGAAACAAGAUGUUGUCCUCAUUAAGAAUCUACUUAUCAGUGUACAGAGUCGAUGGGAAAAAGUAGUUCAACGGUUAGUGGAAAGAGGAAGAUCUUUGGAUGAUGCAAGGAAGAGGGCAAAGCAGUUCCAUGAAGCUUGGAGUAAACUUAUGGAGUGGCUAGAAGAGUCAGAAAGGUCUUUGGAUUCUGAACUGGAAAUCGCCAAUGACCCAGACAAAAUAAAAACACAACUUGCACAGCAUAAGGAGUUUCAGAAAUCACUUGGAGCCAAGCAUUCUGUCUACGAUACCACCAACAGAACUGGACGUUCUCUAAAAGAAAAAACCUCCCUGGCUGAUGACAACCUGAAACUGGAUGACAUGUUGAGUGAACUCAGAGACAAAUGGGAUACUAUCUGUGGAAAAUCUGUGGAAAGACAAAACAAAUUGGAGGAAGCCCUGUUGUUUUCUGGACAAUUCACAGAUGCCCUGCAGGCCCUCAUUGACUGGUUAUAUAGAGUUGAACCCCAGCUGGCAGAAGACCAGCCUGUCCAUGGAGACAUUGAUUUAGUGAUGAAUCUGAUCGAUAAUCACAAGGCCUUCCAAAAGGAAUUGGGGAAGAGGACCAGCAGCGUGCAGGCCCUGAAGCGCUCGGCCCGAGAGCUCAUAGAAGGCAGCCGAGAUGACUCCUCCUGGGUCCAGGUCCAGAUGCAGGAGUUAAGCACACGCUGGGAGACCGUGUGUGCACUUUCUGUAUCAAAGCAAACGCGAUUAGAAGCAGCUCUGCGGCAGGCGGAGGAAUUUCACUCGGUGGUACAUGCCCUCUUGGAGUGGCUGGCUGAAGCAGAGCAAACCCUUCGUUUCCAUGGCAUUCUCCCAGAUGAUGAUGAUGCUCUUCGGACUCUCAUUGAUCAGCAUAAAGAAUUCAUGAAGAAACUGGAAGAAAAGCGAGCUGCACUCAAUAAAGCUACCAGUAUGGGAGAUGCUAUUUUGGCCAUCUGCCACCCGGACUCCAUCACCACCAUUAAGCACUGGAUAACAAUCAUCCGGGCCAGGUUUGAGGAGGUACUGGCCUGGGCGAAACAACAUCAGCAGAGAUUAGCGAGUGCUCUGGCUGGGCUCAUUGCUAAACAGGAAUUGUUGGAAGCUUUGCUGGCUUGGUUGCAGUGGGCUGAAACUACACUUAGUGAUAAGGAUAAAGAAGUCAUCCCCCAGGAAAUCGAAGAAGUGAAAGCCCUCAUUGCAGAACACCAGACCUUCAUGGAGGAAAUGACCAGAAAACAACCUGAUGUGGAUAAAGUUACCAAGACCUAUAAGAGGAGAACGGCUGAUCCCUCCUCAUUACAGUCCCAUAUUCCAGUCUUGGAUAAAGGGCGAGCAGGAAGAAAACGCUUUCCGGCAUCAAGCUUAUAUCCCUCUGGAUCACAGACACAAAUCGAAACCAAGAAUCCCAGGGUCAACUUAUUAGUGAGCAAAUGGCAGCAAGUCUGGCUCCUUGCAUUGGAAAGAAGGAGGAAGCUUAAUGACGCCUUGGACAGACUAGAAGAGCUGAGGGAAUUUGCUAAUUUCGAUUUUGAUAUCUGGCGCAAAAAAUACAUGCGAUGGAUGAAUCACAAGAAAUCUCGGGUGAUGGACUUCUUCAGGAGAAUCGAUAAAGAUCAGGAUGGGAAAAUAACCCGACAAGAAUUUAUUGAUGGAAUUCUUUCCUCAAAGUUCCCAACCAGUCGCCUAGAGAUGAGCGCUGUUGCAGACAUCUUUGACAGAGACGGCGAUGGGUAUAUUGACUACUAUGAAUUUGUAGCCGCCCUUCACCCAAAUAAAGAUGCAUAUAAACCUAUCACUGAUGCUGACAAAAUCGAAGAUGAGGUGACAAGACAGGUAGCUAAGUGUAAAUGUGCAAAACGAUUUCAAGUUGAACAAAUUGGAGAUAACAAAUACAGGUUCUUCCUGGGAAAUCAGUUUGGAGACUCCCAGCAACUGCGACUUGUUCGAAUCCUGCGAAGUACUGUGAUGGUUCGUGUUGGAGGUGGAUGGAUGGCACUUGACGAGUUCUUAGUGAAAAAUGAUCCUUGCAGGGCUAAAGGAAGGACAAACAUGGAACUUCGGGAGAAGUUCAUUUUAGCAGAUGGUGCCAGUCAGGGUAUGGCUGCUUUCCGACCCCGGGGCCGAAGAUCGCGGCCUUCGUCUCGAGGAGCUUCACCCAACCGAUCAACUUCCUUGUCCAGUCAGGCCGGCCAGGUGGCCUCCCCACAGGCCCCUGCCACCAGCACACCCAAGAUUCUCCAUCCUUUAACACGCAAUUAUGGUAAACCAUGGUUGACAAACAGCAAAAUGUCAACUCCUUGUAAACCAGCAGAGUGCUCAGACUUUUCCGUGCCAUCUGCAGAGGGAACACCAAUACAAGGAAGCAAGCUUCGACUUCCAGGAUAUUUAUCAGGGAAGGGCUUCCACUCUGGAGAAGACAGUGGCUUGAUAACAACUGCGGCCGCAAGAGUCCGAACACAGUUUGCUGAUCCCAAGAAGACUCCCAGCCGACCAGGAAGCCGAGCCGGAAGCAAGGCUGGCAGCAGGGCCAGCAGCCGCCGAGGCAGUGAUGCAUCAGACUUUGACAUUUCAGAAAUCCAGUCCGUGUGCUCAGACGUGGAGACUGUCCCUCAAACACACAGACCUACGCCCCGAGCAGGUUCUCGGCCAUCCACAGCCAAGCCUUCCAAAAUCCCCACACCCCAGAGGAAAUCUCCUGCCAGCAAAUUGGACAAAUCCUCAAAGAGAUAGUGCAAUUGGCUCCAACAAGGCCCUUCCUUGAGCAUUUAUUAUUUAAGUUUGAAAGAUGUAAAAUAUGUAGAAAUUAUUGUGAAAUAUUGCAAGAAGUGAGUUUAAAAUUCUGCAGAUGGCCUUAUUUGUGUAUUUGUCUUUUUAUUUUAUCUGUAUAAUUUUUUUGUCAGAUAUUCUGGGGUCAAAGUCACAUCAUAUGUGAGGGGGAAGAUAGAGUUUAACAUGCACUAACAUUUCUGCACUGUAAUGUGUGGAGCAAACACUAAAAUCAAUUCCUGUACCUACAGGUAAGUCACAUCCUCUCUGACAGCCACAGCACUACAUGAGUAGCUAACGUUAAGGAUACCUCAUGACAUUUUCUUGCUUUUGUGGAAACUCUGAAAUGCCUAUAGACAUACACAAGGAUAUAGUUCAAGAUGAUUUUAAUGUAAACCGAAAGAUGAUGAAGGGCAGAAAGACAAAUGCAUCCACACAUAGUUCUUUAAGCAGUAUCAGGCAGAGAACUCACAGGAAGUUACUUUAAGCACUUGCUAGUGCUACGAUAUUCGAAAACCUUGCAGCAUUUCUGUGCCAUUGUUUCACAUGAGGCCAGAGAUGUCCUGGACAUUAGACCUAUUAUACUGUAAGAAUAUAAUUAUAAAGUGCAUUCAUAUAAAUGUGAGGCUUUCUUUUGCUUGAGUGGGCAGUAGCACCUGUAUCAUUGAACUCAUUUUGUAUCAAAGCAGUUUUGCUUGCAGAAAGCUAUGAAAUAAAACAUGUCCCUUAACUACAUUGCUAUGGAAUUAAUUUUUUUCCCCAGGGAAAAAUCAGUGUAUUUUUUUAUGAGCAAUAUCAAUUUGGAGUGACCAAAAGAUACUUAAAAAUGGGUUUAUUUUGAUUUCUCAUCUGAAAUAAUCAUGUUCUGGUAUUAUAUCUAUAUUUAAUAAAUAUAUACAUUUUAACUUAUUAUGUAUACUCACUAUAGAAAGAUAUUAGUAUGCAUUUAAUAAAACAUAUUCACUUGAACAUA